CCCGCCCCGCUCCAUGUUCGGACCUGAUAAGCAGUCGGGGCAGCCGAAGCUGGACUGUGGUGGCAGGUUCGGGAAUAUGGCGUCUGUGGGGGAAUUUAACUCGUUCAGCGCCAGCGUCCCGGCCACCAAGGUGGAGCUGUCUGUGUCCUGCAGAAACCUUUUGGACAGAGACACAUUUUCAAAAUCUGAUCCAAUAUGUGUUUUGUAUACACAAGGUAUUGGAAGCAAGGAAUGGAGAGAGUUUGGAAGAACAGAAGUAAUUGACAAUACUUUAAAUCCAGAUUUUGUAAGAAAAUUCAUCAUGGACUACUUUUUUGAAGAAAGAGAGAACCUGCGGUUUGAUUUGUAUGAUGUUGAUUCAAAGAGUCCCAACCUAUCAAAGCAUGAUUUUUUGGGACAAGUGUUUUGUACGCUAGGUGAGAUAGUUGGAUCACAGGGAAGCAGACUGGAAAAGGCAAUUGUAGGAAUUCCAGGGAAGAAUUGUGGAACAAUCAUAUUGACAGCAGAGGAGCUGAACUGUUGCAGGGAUUCUGUACUUAUGCAGUUUUGUGCAAACAAGUUAGACAAGAAGGACUUCUUUGGGAAAUCUGACCCUUUCCUAGUAUUUUAUCGAAGCAAUGAAGACGGCAGUUUUACAAUCUGUCAUAAGACAGAAGUUGUAAAAAAUACAUUAAAUCCAGUGUGGCAGGCAUUCAAGAUCUCUGUCAGAGCGCUGUGUAAUGGAGACUAUGACAGAACAAUUAAAAUAGAGGUGUAUGAUUGGGAUAGAGAUGGAAGCCAUGAUUUCAUUGGAGAAUUCACAACAAGUUAUAGGGAAUUGUCUAGAGGGCAAUCACAGUUCAAUGUAUAUGAGGAGUGGGGGGCAAGUAUGAGCAGGACACAAAAGCACAGGCUAACUCCCCCAGAGAAAUGGAAGCAAAACUGUGUAGAAGGGGGCAGUCAGGAGCCCAAAAGCAGGAGGAAGGUCAAAUGGCAGCUAGGAUUCUUUAAACAGAGUUCACACCAUCAGGUAAUCAAUCCAAAGAAAAAAGGAAAAAAGAAAAAAUAUAUUAAUUCUGGAACAGUAACAUUGCUUUCCUUCCUAAUUGAAACAGAAGUUUCAUUCCUUGACUAUAUUAAAGGCGGAACCCAAAUCAAUUUCACAGUGGCUAUUGAUUUCACAGCAUCAAAUGGUAACCCUGCACAGCCCACCUCGCUCCACUAUAUGAACCCGUACCAACUGAAUGCUUAUGGCAUGGCACUGAAAGCAGUAGGUGAAAUCAUUCAAGAUUAUGAUAGUGACAAAAUGUUUCCUGCUCUAGGUUUUGGGGCUAAGCUGCCCCCAGAUGGAAGAGUAUCACAUGAAUUUGCUUUGAAUGGAAACCCUCAAAAUCCCUAUUGCAAUGGAAUUGAUGGUGUAAUGGAGGCAUAUUAUAGAAGUUUAAAAUCUGUACAGCUUUAUGGACCAACAAACUUUGCUCCAGUAAUUAAUCAUGUAGCAAGAAUUGUGGGCACCAGAACUCAAUAUGGUGUUCCGGCAGCAGUCACACCAUGUGAAAUACAGAGAUAUGCUUCCUCGGUAAAAGAUGGCUCCCAGUAUUUUGUUCUUCUCAUUAUUACAGAUGGAGUUAUUUCAGACAUGGCUCAAACAAAGGAAUCAGUAGUUAACGCAUCAAAGCUUCCAAUGUCAAUAAUUAUAGUAGGAGUUGGACCAGCAGAGUUUGAUGCUAUGGAAGAAUUGGAUGGUGAUGUAGUCAGAGUCUCCUCAAGAGGAAAAUAUGCAGAAAGGGAUAUUGUACAGUUUGUGCCAUUCCGGGAUUACAUUGACAGAAGUGGAAACCAUAUAUUGAGCAUGGCCAGACUUGCUAAAGAUGUCUUAGCUGAGAUCCCAGACCAGUUUCUCUCUUACAUGAGAGUCAGAGGAAUCAAGCCAUCACCUGCACCACCUCCAUACACACCCCCUCUUCAUGUGUUACAGACUCAGAUAUGACUACGCCAAAAAGGUUAACACUUGCCACAAACCAUGUAGAGCUACUGAGUCAGUGCUUCAGUACUGGUGCACUUUAAAGAACUAGUGAAUCGAGACUGUUGUCUGUCGGGAUGAAGUAGUAGCUUGUGAUAGGUUUUUGGAUCGAAACAAAUUCUCUUCAUAUACCAAAAUUCUCAAUAUGGUUGCAUGAGCAACUGAAACGCUUUUAAACGCGAUUCUCUUCAAGUCUUAUUUUUUUCUGACUGAAAAAGCUACCUUUUCAUUUAUUUGUUGAGGGAAAGCACAAGUCACAGUUUGAACUCAGAAGAUAUUGUUCUCCCUGACUACUGUGUGUAUAUAAAUAUAUAGGAAUGCAAUUCCUCUGUAUCAAUGUUUACAUGUUACUACUUUUUAAAUUUAAAUACUUUUAUAAAUAUUCUUAAGAAUAAGAGUUUGGAAUAUUGAAUCAUGUGUCUUCUAACUUGCAAUAGUUAUAGCCACAGGAGAAGCAAUAUCUCUUUGAAUGAUUGUCCAGACAAAUAAAAGCGCAAAACUAAAGAAAAAGAGGACAAAUACAUUCAUAUUUCUCAAUAACUGAAUUGCUUCACAUAAGUGCGUAGUCGUCAAUUCAUCUGUCAAAUUUUAAAACAGUAUUUGAGAAAGAAAUCUGGAGAUGUGAAUACUGUAACUGUAUUUGACUUACUAAUAAAGCUAAACCUCAGGAAGGGGGUUACGUAUUUUUCAGAGAUACUCCAAUUUCUAAAUUUAUGUAAGUUUACAUUUUUUAAAAUAGGUUUUGCUGGCAGAAUAGAACAAUUGCAUACUAUACGUAAUUAAAGAAGAAUUACCUCAAGUCCCAUAGCUGACUGACUUAACUUAGCAGAAUCAUCUCAUACAUUGCUUAAUAGCAUUAGCACUUUUGCUUCUUAAAACUGUUUUCAAGUGAUUACAAUGGACUUUUUAUAAUAAACCGUUUUAAUGCCCAUUUAAAAUGUAAAGUUGUCACCUUUUGUCUAGAUUGCCAAUUCAAAGGGAUGUUGGCUCUUAAUAUUUGGAUUCAAUUGUUGUCAUCUAAUCACAUUGCUAUUCGAAGUGCACAGAUGCUAAUAUUUCGUGAAUUAACUGAUUUAAAAAUUGCACAGCCAUAUUCCUUUGUGCACAAUAGUUUUGUGUAUUUAACAACCCAACAUUUUACUAUAUGCCUGUUCGUAUCUAAUUAUAAAAUGAUUUGCAUGUACAGUUUUUACAAGAAAUUCACAGUAUUGUGAGUAUAUGUGUCAAAGAUACAUUAUAUUUAGAAUAAAUGGCCUUAAAUCUCACAAAAUUCCUGGAAAUGAUUGUGAAUUGCCUUCAAAUUCUGUUAAGACUGAAAAAUGUUUUAUUUUUUGUGUCAUGAUUGUAACUACCUUGUAAUGUGACUUUAUUUUCUUUACAUAUAACUGGUUUAUUACUUUUUCUUACUUCUAUAUGUUGUACUAUACAGUAUCAAAGUAAGGCACAUUUUUUAAGCAUGAAAAGAGAUUUUUUGCUGAAAAACAUAUUUGCAGUAUCAAUGACAUAACUAUGUAAGUGCAGAAUCUUCCAUUUUGAAAUAUAUUAAAACUUAAAAUUAAUAUCUCA